UCCUUACAUAACUGAAACGACGAAAGUCACAACUCUCUGCGGAGCGGACGAGGAUAGCAGGCCUUCGAACUGCAGACAGCCGGCGGGAAAGAAUUUCAAGCGUGAGAAACGUUUUAGAUACAAUGGCUAUGGUGGACGAGCCACUUUAUCCGAUCGCUGUUCUGAUAGAUGAGUUGAAAAAUGCUGACAUCCAGCUGCGGUUGAACUCAAUUCGUCGGCUAUCCACAAUUGCACGUGCACUGGGGGAGGAGCGAACCCGAAAUGAAUUGAUCCCAUUUCUUAGUGAGAACAAUGAUGAUGAUGAUGAGGUGCUUCUUGCAAUGACAGAAGAAUUGGGAGUGUUCAUUCCUUAUGUUGGGGGACUGGAGCAUGCCUGUGUUUUGCUACCACCUUUGGAAACUCUUUGCACUGUGGAGGAAACCCGUGUGAGGGAUAAAGCCGUGGAGUCUUUGUGUAGAAUUGGUUCUCAAAUGAAGGAAAAUGAUUUGAUUAACUGGUUUAUUCCUUUGGUGAAGAGACUGGCAUCUGGUGAAUGGUUUACCGCUCGAGUUUCUGCAUGUGGACUGUUUCAUAUUGCUUACCCAAGUGCCCCAGAGAUGUCAAAGAUGGAGUUGCGGGCAAUAUACAGUCAAUUGAGUCAAGAUGACAUGCCCAUGGUGAGGAGAUCUGCUGCAUCAAGCCUGUGGAAGUUUUCUGCAACAGUUGAGCCUGUUCAUUUGAAGAAUGACAUCAUGACAAUAUUUGAAAAUCUUACACAGGAUGAUCAAGAUUCAGUCAGGUUAUUGGUUGUUGAGGGUUGUGCCACACUGGGCAAGUUAUUGGAGCCCCAGGAAUGCAUUGCACGUAUUCUCCCUGUUAUUAUCAGCUUUUCUCAGGACAGAUCUUGGCGUGUUCGCUACAUGGUUGCAGAUCAAUUAUAUGAGCUUUGUCAUGCUGUAGGGCCUGAACCUACCAGAACGGACUUGGUUCCCGCUUAUAUGCGGUUACUUCGAGAUAAUGAGGCUGAAGUACGAAUAGCAGCUGCUGGCAAAGUAACUAAAUUCUGUCAGAUCUUAAAUCCAGAACUUGCAAUUCAUCAUAUUCUUCCCUGUGUAAAGGAAUUGUCAUUAGAUUCGUCCCAGCAUGUCCGCUCUGCCUUGGCUUCAGUUUUAAUGGGAAUGGCUCCCGUCUUAGGAAAGGAUGCAACAAUUGAUCAACUUCUUCCAAUUUUUCUUUCUCUUUUGAAGGAUGACUUUCCUGAUGUACGACUAAAUAUCAUUAGCAAGCUUGAUCAAAUAAAUCAGGUUAUUGGAACUGAUCUAUUGUCCCAAUCCCUAUUACCGGCCAUUGUUGAGCUUGCAGAGGAUAGACAUUGGAGGGUUCGACUUGCAAUAAUAGAGUAUAUUCCUUUGUUGGCAAGUCAGUUGGGUAUAAAGUUUUUCGAUGAUGAGCUUGGUGCUCUUUGCAUGCAGUGGCUACAGGAUAAGGUUUACUCCAUUCGUGAUGCUGCUGCUAACAACUUAAAGCGCCUUGCAGAAGAAUUUGGUCCUGACUGGGCAAUGCAGCACUUAAUUCCACAGGUCUUGGAGAUGAUUAACAAUUCACACUAUUUGUAUCGGAUGACUGUUCUACGGGCAAUUUCCCUACUUGCCCCUGCCAUGGGCGCAGAAAUUACUUAUUCGAAACUGUUGCCGGUGGUCAUCAGUGCAUCCAAUGACAGGGUGCCCAAUGUCAAAUUCAAUGUUGCCAAGGUGCUGCAGUCCCUGAUUCCUAUAGUUGAUCAUUCUGUGGUGGAAAAGACGAUCCGACCAUGUUUGGUUGAGCUUAGUGAGGACCCAGAUGUAGAUGUCCGCUUUUCUGCCAACCAAGCAAUCCAUGUGAUUGAUCACGUCAUAAUGUCUAGCUAGAAAGGAUUCUUAUAUAGUUGGAACCAAACCGAACCGAACCGAACCUCCCUUUGGAUUGGAGGUUCAUUUGCCAGAGGCUUCCGUUACUCCACAUCAUAUUACUUGUAUCUUCUUGGGCCAUUCCUGGCUACUAAGGACUGCUUUAGUGUUUAUGAAACAUCUGCAAGAUCGCUUGAUUGCCACUUUUUUUGUGUAUCUUUUAAUCGUUUAUUCCUUUUUCAUGAGAAAUGUGAAGGGUUGUGAGCCACGGAAAGCUAAAGUUGAUUUUAUAAAUCUCCUCCUCUGACUAUUUGCAGGCA